AUUAAAAAGUAAAAACCCUCUUCAAAUGCAGCCUCACUAGCGCAGACUCUCCUACUCUGUCAUCGCAAGAGCCCCGGCGAUGGCAGCCAAGAAGUCAUCAGCUAUCUCUCUGCAACAAUUUGUCUCCACCAUGGCUCCGUUAAUUGACUUGGAGAAGGAAGCUGAGAUAUCAGCCUCUAUCAGCUCAGGCGCGUCGAGAAGUUUGGACACUGCUCAAAAGAAGGGCACUACAAUUCUUAAUUUGAAGUGUGUUGAUGCUCAGACUGGGCUCAUGGGGAAAGCACUUCUUGAGUUUCAAUCAACUAAAGGAGAUGUUCUUCCUGCUCACAAGUUUGGUACCCAUGAUGUGGUGGUUUUAAAACCAAAUAAAGCUGAUCCAGGAUCUCCUGCUCUUGGGCAAGGUGUAGUUUACCGGUUAAAGGACUCCUCAAUCACUGUUGCUUUUGAUGAAAUCCCAGAAGAGGGUUUAAAUAAUCCUUUGCGUUUGGAGAAAGUAGCAAAUGAGGUGACAUAUAAAAGGAUGAAGGAUACCCUGAUACAAUUGAGUAAAGGUGUGCAGAAGGGACCUGCUGCUGAUUUGGUUCCUGUCUUAUUCGGAGAGACACUGCCAUCAGUGUCCAAGAAAAAUGUUACAUUUACCCCCUUCAAUGCCAACCUUGACCACUCUCAGAAAGAUGCCAUUUCAAAGGCCUUGUCAUCAAAGAAUGUAUUUUUACUGCAUGGCCCUCCUGGAACUGGGAAAACUACAACCGUGGUGGAAAUAAUCUUACAAGAAGUAAAGCGUGGAUCAAAGAUUCUUGCUUGUGCUGCUUCAAAUAUUGCGGUAGACAACAUUGUAGAGAGACUUGUUCGACACAGGGUAAAGUUAGUGAGAUUGGGACAUCCUGCUCGGUUACUGCCUCAAGUACUGGAUAGUGCACUGGAUGCCCAGGUUUUACGGGGUGAUAACAGUGCUCUUGCAAAUGACAUCCGGAAGGAAAUGAAGGCUCUAAAUGUGAAGUUGUUGAAAACAAAAGACAGAAACACAAGGAGAGACAUUCAGAGGGAACUUAGGAGUCUAUCGAAAGAAGAACGUAAGAGGCAACAGUUAGCUGUGACUGAUGUGAUAAAAAAUGCUGACAUUGUACUGACAACUUUGACUGGUGCAUUAACUCACAAGCUGGACAACACUACAUUUGAUUUGGUGAUUAUUGAUGAAGCUGCUCAGGCACUUGAGAUAGCAUGCUGGAUAGCUAUAUUGAAGGGUUCAAGAUGCAUACUCUCUGGAGACCAUCUUCAGCUUCCUCCAACAGUCCAAAGUGUUGAAGCUGAGAGGAAGGGAUUAGGAAGAACACUCUUUGAACGCCUUGCAGAUCUCUAUGGUGAUGAAGUAACAUCUAUGCUUACUGUCCAGUACCGUAUGCAUGAGCUUAUUAUGAACUGGUCAUCUACUGAGCUUUACAAUAGUAAGAUUAGAGCCCACUCGAGUGUUUCUGCACAUAUGCUUUAUGAUCUUGAGAAUGUAAAGAAGUCGCCUUCAACAGAACCAACUCUUCUACUUGUAGACACAGCUGGUUGUGACAUGGAAGAAAAGAAGGAUGAGGAGGAUAGCACAUUGAAUGAAGGUGAAGCUGAAGUUGCCAUGUCCCAUGCAAAGAGACUUGUCCAGAGUGGAGUCCAGGCUUCUGAUAUUGGAAUUAUUGCUCCUUAUGCUGCACAGGUUGUCUUGCUUAAGAUGCUGAGGAGCAAUGAAAAUAAACUAAAAGAUAUGGAAAUCUCAACAGUGGAUGGUUUCCAGGGUCGAGAAAAGGAGGCCAUCAUUAUUUCAAUGGUCCGAUCAAACCCAAAGAAAGAGGUGGGAUUUUUAAGUGACCAUAGACGAAUGAAUGUAGCUGUUACAAGAGCUCGAAGACAAUGCUGUCUUAUCUGUGACACUGAAACAGUGAAUAGUGAUGGGUUCUUGAAACGAUUGGUCGAGUAUUUUGAAGAGCAUGGCGAAUAUCUUAGUGCCUCUGAAUAUUGCAAUGAAUAAUAAGGAUGUUAUUUAUAUUUUAACUGAAGGAUUGGUUCUUAAGUUUUCCUCUCUGGAACUGAAGGAUUUGUUGUUUGCUGACAUUCUUUUGACACUAUCAAUAGUUGUUUAGAAAGUUGAUCUGGAAAGUAGAAUGGUGAGGCACAUUACCAUCUCUUUUCAUCAUAUUAACACUAUCAAUGUCUCUGCUACAUUUUACCAUAGUCCAUAGAAAUAUCACUUCUUUGC